AGUUAUCAUUGAAAGCGAAAGGAACACUCUCAGAACACUCUCGAAAUAAAUAUGGCUAAAGUGAAAAAUUUAUUUACCAAAAUGUUGCAACGUUUUGGCAAGAAUCAUAAACAAAUUAUAAUGAUGAACAACAAUUGCAACGACAGUCUGGAGGAGAUACAACAGAAUCAGGCCAAUGAGCGCAUGUUAAGAGAAGCUAUGGCUAUGGAAUUCGAAUUGGAAUUGGAUAAUCAUUUGCUAUUCUGUAUAGAAACCACAGCAGGCAGUUUUUAUUGGCAAUCGUUGUAGCAACAGCAACAACAACAACAACAACAACAACAGCAACAAAAACCGGUAGCUCGAGAUCAUCAUGAAUGGAGUAUAGCAAAUAACAUUUCAUUCAUUCAAUGAAUGAAUGAAGCCAUCACAAAAACGACAUCAGCAACUUGCGUGUUCUUAAAGCAACAAGUUGCCAACAUGUUGACAACAUCAUCAUCAUCAUCGUCAUCAUCGUCAUACCGAAGAUCCAGAAGGUGCAUGUGAUGGGCCCCAGAAGGUGUGAAUUUGUGUAAUUGUGAUAUUUAGAAACAACAUGAUAAAAAUUAGUUUAAAUUCUCUUAAGUAGUUUCUAA